GGACAAGCUUUGAGUCUGGACUGUGCUUGAGUCUUGUUGAAAACAAAAGUCCAAGGGUGAAAAUGUCUUCUGUUAACUUUCGACUGCUUCGGUUAUCGUUCUGAAACCUUUCUUCUUCUUCUUUCCUCUCCAGGGAUUUUUACAUGGAUAACACCACUAAGUUUGAGCCUUGAGUUUUUUGUCGAGCUGUGGACAGACCACGGGACAGUUGUUCCAUACUCUGGCUGGCACAGUCUUCUUGGAUCUUAUUUGUGUCUUGGGGAAUCCAGCUUUAGCGGACAAUGACUUCCAGAAGACCCAUGAUUCGCUCUUAUUCUGAAGGCAGCUCUUCUAAUGGCCGCACGGAGAGAAGCAACAGUUACCUCUCAAAUGUUAGGCCUGAAAACAGGAGCACGCUGUGCAGCGUCAUGGCUCAGCUGACCGAGGAUGUACAGCCGUCCUUCGAGACCACGCUCAAAUCAAAAGCAGUGUCGGAGACCUGCAAUGUGAAGUUCACCUGUGUGGUGUCAGGUUACCCAGCUCCAGAACUGAAAUGGUAUAAAGAUGAUACUGAGAUGGACCGGUACUGUGGACUUCCAAAAUAUGAAAUUCACCGAAAUGGAAAAACUCACACCCUCCAUAUUUACAACUGCACAUUGGACGACGCAGCCAUCUAUCAGGUCUCGGCCAGCAACAGUAAAGGCAUCGUCUCCUGCUCAGGAGUUCUGGAGGUUGGCACCAUGAACGAAUUCCAGAUACACCAGCGAUUCUUUUCAAAACUGAAACAGAAAGCAGAGAAGAAGAAGAAAGAAUUGGAGGGCCAAACCAAGAUGAAGGAUAAGGAGAACAUCCAGAAAGAUAAACCGCAGACUAGUCCCGAACGUCCGCCGAGGAAGCGCCACAUACCGCCACCACAGGAUACCCAGGUGGUCAAGAAGCCUGAUGUUGGGGAACAACUGGGAGCUGCUGCAGAGCCUAAUGGAGUUGCCAUGGAAGUGGCCUCUGUCACAUCCAUAGACAGUGGCCUGGAGAAGGAGACACCUGUGUCUACGGACUCUUUGGCUACAAAGAAAAUAAAGAUCUCAAAUGGAGUAGAUGAUGGAGUUAACGGAAGCAGUAGCAAGGGCAGUAGCAGAACCAAUAUGAUGGGGAUCGGAGGUGAAAAUGGUUACGAUGGAGGAAUGGGUUUGGCACAGUUUCUUGCAGAGACUCUCCAAACUCAGGCUGCUGAGGAGAAACAGAACUUGCCGCCACUGGAGAAACAUUUAAAUAACACUAAAGAGACAGAGACGGAAGAACAAGUACAAGCUCUAGUGGAGGAACAUGAGAGAAAGAAAAGCCGAGAAGAGGAUUUUGCAAAAGAAAGUGAGAAUGAACAAGAAAGGCCAGUGGAGGUGUUGCAUACGACAGCUCACGGUAAACGUGGUUCAGAAGGCAAACACCACAGCAAGGCUCACAAGGAUCACGAGCACCACAACAUCCAGUCUUCCCUCACGUCGGUGCUCCACACAGUUAAAGACUUCUUCUUUGGUAAAAGUAAGAAGGACUUUCAUGAUCACAAGGAUAUCAAGGGUCGAGAGUUUGACCACGACUCAGUUCAGCCUCUUCAACCGGAAAUGCCACCUUCAUUCCAGUUGCAAUCACAAUAUACCACAGACGUGCACAGGUCUCUCUCUGAGGACAUUGUGCCCAUGGAAACAGAUGAGCCCAAGGUGCCUUUAGACAGUGAGGAGCUAGCGCAACAGCCAGUGUCCUCGGAAACACACAAUCAUAAGCAUGAAGACAGUUUUCCACUCACAGACUUGCCAGCAGCUCAUAAAAAGCCACCUGAGCAUGCAGAGGAGUCCACAGGGCAGAAGGUCAAGGAGGCUGAUGAUCCUGUGCAGGCCAUGGACGUGUGUGUGGGGGCAGGGAGCAGCAGUCCAGGAGAAGACUUGUCAUUGUCUAAGCUUCAGGUUCUCACUGAGAUAAAGGACAAAGAUUCUCAGGUGGCCUCGGUUACCAAAGAGGAUGCUGUUAAACAACAAGAGCCAGAUGCCCUGGUAGUUUCACCACAGGGGUUAGGGUUACCCCGACGAGAUGAGUCUUCACCCAUGGAAGUCUUAUCACAAAUAAAAGAUCUUCGUGGAGAAGAACGUCCACCUACGCCCACAAUCACUAUCUUGGAAGAAAGCUGGAUUCCCCCCCAGAGUCUUAUCUCAGUGUCAGACAGUCAACACCUCGGACAGGCACAGACUGAAAAACCACAAGAGGAGCAGCUGAAUAAAACAGAUGAAGAAGGUAAACCUGCCCCAGAGAAAGGCCGCUCCUCCACUGAGCUGCGUGAGGAAGAGAAAGCUGAAGUGAAAUCGAGUGAACGGCCUCUCCUAUGUGUAAACAGAUCUGAGAUUACAGAAUUAGCGACAUCUUCACUGGAAGAGAGAAUCGAGCCCUGCGAAUAUAAAGCACUAGAUCAGGUGCUCUCACCGCCGUUGGCCGUGGCUGAACACGCUGCAGAGAGCAGCGGUGCAAAAGAGGAAGCCGAGUGUACUUCACUGAUUCAGGAAAUACAUGUAGGAUUUCCGCCCACUGCAGAAGGUUUAGAGUCGGUUGACCUAAAAACGCAGCAUGAAAGUGGAGAGGAAAGGGCACAAGGCCGCAACCUCAGUGCUGAGCAGAGUUCAAGCUCAGAUUCUGUGAGCGAAGACGCGAGAAAUGACUUGAAUUUGGCUUCAGAGAGGAGUUUAGAAGUCAGUGUCAAAGCACAAGAGCACAUAGUAUUAGCCGGUGAAAAGAGUGAGGAAAGAAAUGAGCAUUUAAAGUUUGAAACGGAGAGAGAAAAGAGAGAGGAAGUAGAGAGUGGAGUGGAAAUGUUGGAUGAUUCAAAAACACCAGUUUCACAAAGUCAGGAGAAGAAUGUUUUGGAAGAACAGAGCGAAACUGCACAUGGGGAUGGUGGCGAGAGACGACCCUCCGAGAAUAUUCCACAAGUUCACAUAUCUAUUAUUGAAGACAGCCCGGAUAUUGCUCUGGCAGUGCCAGUGAACGUAAAGCACAAUGAACACUUUGUAAUCCCAAAGAUUGAAAUCAUGCAGCCUGAGUUCAAAGAAUCAGACAAUGUGGAAUCAGAGCUGGCUAUUUUCCAAGACCAUGAUGUAACACAUAUGUCAGAGAAGAUGAUUAAAGGCAAGAACAUGACUGAUUCCCCAGGCUUGCCGCCCACAGAGCGAGAUAAGCAGCAGGACGGCAACCUCUCACCCACAGAGAAAGACGUGGAAGUUGCACAAUUAACCAAUGAGGUGGCAAUGAAGAGUGGCAAACGGCUCCCUCAGACGAACCACACUUCAGUUCCUGUUAUAAAUGUUUCAUGCACAGAUGAUAAUGAUGAAGUGGUCAAUGCCCAUGUUCCACGUGCACUGCAGCCUUUAGAAACCCAGACGGUGCCUUUGUUUGUGGUGCCUCCCAUCUCUGUCACUUGUCAUGAAAGUGAUCCUGGACUGAAGCUGCCCACUCAAAGUCAGUGGACAGAAACUGAAACUUCGGCUGUCACACAAACAGGAACAAAGCAUGACGCUGAUAAUAAUGUGACCACGAAGACUGAAAAAAGUAGACAGCAGGACACUGAAGAAGUGGCCGAAAGGAGCAGAAAAGAGAUCACUCCCUCUUUGGUCUGCGAAACUCUAAUACCAAAAGCUACUGAUAAUGUGCUGUCCUUUAGUAAGACAACAGAAGACAGUAUUCUUCCUGAAAUCAUGAAGACAAAAUCUCUUAAAGAGACCAAAACAGAGAUGUUUGUGUCUAUUGAGGACCUCCAAAGAAACAGGUGUCCUGUUGACAGGCUCAGCUCUAAACCCCCAGCACAUCCAUCACUGAGUCCGGCCAGUCUUCGCAGGUUUAUGUCUAAAACUGCUCCAGACACAGACAUCGACACAGCGACGAGUGUCUCUGACAAGAUAGAUGAGGACCUAAGCGGAGGUUCAACGCCAACGUCCCUCUCCUGUGAAAACAGUCCUCGGCUGAAACGCAGAGACAGUCUGACACUCAUACGCUCCGCCACGCCCGAGGAGUUGGCCUCCGGAGCUCGCCGCAAAAUCUUCAUCCCGAAACCUAAAGAGGAUGGAGAUGGAGUGGUGAGCGGCGUCCUGGACGCUGGAGGCAAGAAGGAGUCACCCUACAUGUCACCCAGCCAGUCCCGGAGAGCAUCUCUGCUGCAAGCCCCCAAAGGACAGAACACCCCACCGAUGGAGAGGCGCUCCCCACUGAUGAACCGCAGGAAGGCCACCUUAGAGGUGCCAAGAGUGGUGGAUGACACUCCCAAAGAAGAAGCCGUCUGCAAGAGAGAAGAGAAGCCAGCUGAAAAGAAGCCAGACCCUCUGAGAGCUCCGCAGGUCAUCCGUAAAAUCAGGGGAGAGCCGUUCCCAGACGCCUCUGGACACCUGAAGCUGUGGUGCCAGUUCUUCAAUGUCCUCAGUGACUCCACCAUCAAGUGGUACAGAGACGAAGAGGAAAUACUUGAGAUUAAGAGAAGUGGAGGUGACGAAAGCCAAAUAGCGCUGGCUAUCGUGCUGGCAUCCAGCAAAGACUGCGGAGUUUAUGGCUGCACUAUCAAUAACGAAUACGGCACAGACACCACCGACUUCCUGCUCAGCGAAGACAUUCUCUCUGAAAUACUACUAAGAGAGGAUUUGGAAGUGGGGGAAGAGAUCGAGAUGACGCCACUGCUGUUCCCCAAAGGCCUGGUCGACAGUGGGACCUGGGGCGAGAAGUACUUUGGCCGCAUCAUGACCGAGACGGUGCACGUCGGGAAGGGCUGUGCUCACAAGGCCAGCAGAGUCAAGGUUAUUUAUGGCCUCGAUCCCGUCUUUGACUCGGGAAGCAGCUGCAUCAUCAAAGUUCAAAACCCAAUCGCUUAUGGAACUAAACCAGAGAGCAGCCUUGUAGAGAGAAGCCAAGAAAUCACCAAGCAAGAAUGCAAAGUUCAAAACAUGAUUCGGGAAUACUGCAAAAUCUUUGCGGCAGAAGCGAGAGUCAAUGAGAACUUUGGCUUUUCACUUGAAGUGAUCCCUCGGUACCUGAUGUACCGACCUGCAAACUCAGUGCCGUACGCCACAGUGGAGGUGGCUCUUGAAGGCGUCUUCCUUCAGUAUUGUAUGAUGGACCCUAAAGGCACAUUGAUCACACAGACUGUUUCUGAAGUGGAGCAGAAAUGCAGCACCUUCCAGCACUGGAUCCAUCAGUGGACACAUGGCAAUUUAUUUGUCACUCGUCUGGAAGGUGUUGAAAACAAGCUUACUAAUAUUGGAGUUGUGACCAAGUCAAAAGGAUACCAAGGAUUAACAGAGAUUGGUUCUCCGGAAGUAUUCGAACAGUUCCAGACUCAGCAUCAGUGCAACUACUACUGUGGACUUCUUGGCCUGCGCCCUUUGAAAUCUAUGGACUCGCAGCCGAGCAAGAUAAAGGGCUCGAGGAGCCCCCUCCUCAACCGCAAGAUCGGCUCCAGCAGCCCGCAGAUGCAUCGCAAAGAUAAAAGCCCUCAGUUGUCCAGAAAGGCAAAUUCUAGCCCAAAAGUGGCCCGAAAGGUCCUGGAGACUGCGGACACUAAACCAGACGCCAAACUACAGCCUUCAGAAACUGUUGAUGCUCUGCAAACAAGUUAGUUAGGAAGAAGGUUGCGUAAUUGCUUCUAGUGGUUAAGUAUUACCUGUGUCCUUCCACUUACCAAAGCCAGCCCGGACGUGAGGAGUAAAAGUGUUGAGUCAUUACUGUGAAAGUCAACAUUGCGACUCAUGAAACGACCCUUUUCCCAUGUUAACCUCUAGUUAAAAAGUGAUGGGCUCAAGGUUUUUGACCUUUAAAGCUCUAAAGUUUUUGUCUUAUCAAGUCUAUGAACGGACAAACACGUCUCCUUCCAAAUGUUGCUAGCUUGAAAUGAUGUGCAGUCUGUGUUUUUUUUUUUAAGUGUUUUCAUCAUAAGGACUGUAAAAAAGGAAAAACAGCUGGGUUGAUUCAGGUAUGAGAUGCUUCGAGUCACGUCUACGAUGUACAUAAUGUGCAGGGUAGAAUGUUUAUGUGAGAGGAGGAGAUGUUAUUUAUCGUUAGCGUUUAGCACAGCAAAGUUGAGCUCAUGCUGCAGGAACAACACCACCAUUUUUUUAGGUCAAAGAUGUUUGUGUGCACUUUGUAUUUGGCAUUCAUUUUUAGAACGUUUGUUGCAUCUGUAUCCAGGACUUUAUAACAGAAGUUCCUCAAUCCUGAUCCUCGGGAAACCCACUUACCCUGUCCAUGUUUUAGAUGUUUCCCUGCUCCAACACACCUGAUUCAAAUGAAUGG